GGGUUCGCUAUAAAAAGCGGCGUCCCAGGCUGGGCAGAAGCAGUUGGAGGUUGGUUGGCGAGUGUGUAAGUUUGAGGAGCCGCGGAGAGAGCUUGGUGGGGGGAGGCGGAGAAAGAAGAAGAAGGAGGCGGGGGCUUUGGCUGUUUGUGUGUGUGUGUGUGUGUGCAGCGGCAGGAAGCCGCCAGCUGGGGGCAGUGCUGAAGCAGCUGUGGAGAGAGAGGGGAGAGCUCGCUACCUCAGAGUCCACACUGCAAGCCAAGUGACAUCUCCCCACACACACACCCCCCCUCCCAUCCACCCCUGUGACUUUAAAGUGGUCUGUUCCGGGUGCACCUGCAAGGCUUGAGAGAGACUUUUCCAUUUCCAAGAAAGAGGGGGGCGCACUGCCAUGGCAGAAGUGGGAGUCCAGGAGCCAAGCUUGCCCUGCCAAAGUUUGGCAGGUGGGGAAACCCUGCUGGGCAGCCAAGAAGGGAGUGGGUGGCCCCCGGAGGAGGAGAGAGGGGAGUGCCCGAGGAGGAGUACCCACCCCUCCUCCCCAUCCUUCCUCGAGCCAGAGGAGGACGACUACAGCCGGGUGGGCGACAGCCAUGAGCCGGAGGGGCCCUGGAGGGAGCUGGGCAGAAAGCGGCACCGCCGGCUACCCUCCAAGAAGAAGAGGUCCUGGAAGCCGUAUAACAAGCUGACCUGGGAGGAGAAGAAGCGACUGGAGGAGAGGGAGUCGCAGCGGGCGUCCAAGAUGCGGGCCGAGAUGUUCGCCAAGGGCCAACCGGUGGCCCCUUACAACACCACCCAGUUCCUGAUGGAGGACCACGGCUUGGAGGAGCCCGACCUGUGCCCGCCGCCAAAACGGGCCCCCGCCGCCCUGCCACCCGUCCACCUCGACAGCACGGAGGACGACGAGGAGGAGGACGGCACGGGCAGCGACGGUAUGGCCAGCGACGACGGCACCAAGUUCCUGCAGAAGGACUUUUCCGAGACCUACGAGAAGUACCACGUGGAGAGCCUGCAGGACAUGAGCAAGCAGGAGCUGAUCCGUGAGUACAUGGAGCUGGAGAAGUGCAUGAGCCGCAUGGAGGAGGAGAACAACCGCCUGAGGUCACAGCAGGCCGACCCCCCCAGGCUCCAUGAACUGGAGAUGGAGCUGGAGAAGCUCAAAGAGGAGAACCGGCGGCUGCGGAGGGAGCAGGUGGUGGCUGACCCUAUGGGGCACUGA